AUGCCCGCCAGAUUCCUCAAGUCCAAGCAGUCCCCCGUUCCGGGUUCAGCGCAGGUGGACGUUGACUCUAUCGUUCGCAGCGUCAUUGAUGAUGUGCGUGCCAACGGCGACGCUGCUGUGCGCAAGUACUCAGAGAAAUUCGACAAGUGGUCUCCGGCCUCGUUCAAGCUCUCCCAAGCAGACGUUGAAGCGUCCAUUGCGCAGUGUUCCGCGCAAACCAUUGAGGAUAUAAAAAAAGUGCAGCAUAAUGUGCGCGCUUUUGCCCAGGCUCAAAAGGAUUCCCUCAAAGACUUUGAGUUUGAAAGUCAGCCAGGCGUUAUACUUGGUCAAAAGAACAUCCCCAUCAACACGGUCGGAGCCUAUAUUCCCGGCGGACGAUACCCUCUCCUUGCCUCAGCCCAUAUGACUAUACUCACAGCGAAGGUUGCAGGUGUCCCUCAUGUUAUUGGUUGCACACCCCCCAUUGCUGGCAAAGUACCGCAUGCUACCGUUGCUGCAAUGCAUCUCGCAGGCGCCGACGAGAUCUACCUGCUAGGGGGGGUACAGGCAGUCGCAGCAAUGGCCUUGGGCACGGAAUCUAUUCGAAAGGUUGACUUUAUUGCUGGACCAGGAAAUGCCUUCGUCGCAGAAGGCAAGCGCCAGCUAUUUGGUGAGAUUGGUAUUGACUUAUUUGCUGGUCCGACAGAGAUCCUCAUCAUCACGGAUGAGACCGCCAAUCCAUUCACUGUCGCAACAGAUAUCCUGUCGCAGGCAGAGCAUGGACCAGACUCGCCCUCAGUGGUGAUUACCACUUCUGAACACGUUGCGCGCGAGUCUAUCCGUAUCAUUGAUGAGAUCCUCAAAGGCUUGAGCACGGCGGAUGUUGCUGGUGUUUCAUGGGCACAACAUGGAGAAGUGAUUGUCGUAGACUCGAUUGAGGAAGCCUGGAAGCUGGGGGACGAGUAUGCCAGUGAACACGUACAGAUCUUCACGCGUCGGCCACGCGAUGCGUUGGACAACAUGACUGCUUACGGUGCUCUCUUUCUUGGAGAGAAUACUUGCGUCUCCUACGGUGACAAAGUUAUUGGAACCAACCAUGUUCUACCUACUCGAAAGGCCGCCAGAUACACGGGAGGCCUGUGGAUAGGCAAGUACCUGCGCACCGUGACAUAUCAAGAAGUUAGGAACGACGUGGCCAGCGGCGAAUUAGGUCGGCUCUGCGGACGAGCAGCUCGGGUGGAGAACUUUGAGGGCCAUGCGCGCUCUGGAGAUCUCCGCGCCCAUCUGCACUUGAAAGAUCAGUUUGCCUGGAUCAAUACUGCGAAAGGAGACUCGUAG